AUGAAUUCCUCCUAAAAAUUAAAGGAAUCCCAAAUCCCAGAAAAAGAGAAGGAUAAAAAUAAGACACAAAAAAGUAAGGAGGAUGCAAAGGAGACUCUUAAAAAAAUUGUUGAAUAGGCUCGUUAAGCAAUUCUAGAAAAUAGGCUCAAUGCCACAGAAGAAGUUCAUAAAGCCAUGAUUGAGUAUAAAGAGAUUUUGGGAGGUGAAAAUAGUGUUCUUCUUCUUCCUGGUUUAUUUAUUUAGGCAGAAGCAUAUAUAGCUGAAAGCAAAUUGAAAAAGGCCGAAGAAUUUCUUCAAGCUGCUUACUGGAAUUUGUAUCAAUACAAUAAACCAAAAGAAAAAGGAAGCGAAGAUGGCAACAAAAUGGGCUAAGAUAUAUCAGAAAAAGAAAAUGCAGAGUAUAAUGGUCAGUUGCAUAAAAUAUUUUCAAAACUCUAUUUUGCUUAGAAGGAUUACAAAAAAGCAUUGGCAGAAUUAACCAUAGGAAUUUAUACAGAUUCUUGCAGUUCUGAUCCAGAAAAUCCACAAACAAGUCUGAAUUACUAUUAUAUGGGAUAAAUAUUCCAAUAAAAGAAAUAAAUCUCAGAGGCGGAAUAAUUUUAUGCAAAAACUUCAUAAUGUUGGUAUAAAUAUUUAAAGAGAUUUUAUCAAUAUGGCACUCCUUCAAGCGAAAAUCUUCCAGAGGAAGUAAUUUUUAAAGAGGCUUUGCAAGUCCUAAAAUAAAUUGAAGAAUAUUUCCGAAAGCACAUCGAUGACAAUAAUAUCAAAUUAUAUAUUAUCCCUAUCACUUAAAAUUUGUAGGCCUAAGCCUUUGUAUACAAAAGGUUAAACAACGAAGCACAGUAUAGACAUUAUAUGGGAUUGGCUUAUCAAGAAUUUCUUAUGCAAUAUGGCGAAAAUCAUAAAAAAACAAAGAAGGUGACAGAAAUUUAAGAAAUCAUUAAAUAAAGGGAAAGAGAUUAUUGA